AUUCUGUACCCCAACACAACCCACCAGGUGGUCUGCAUCAACAACAUCAACUUCCAGAGGAAGUCCGUUAUUGGUUUUGUGGAGCUGACCAUCUUCCCCACUGUGGUGAACCUCAACCGCAUCAAACUCAACAGUAAGCAGUGCAGGAUUUACAGAGUGCGAGUGAAUGACUUGGAGGCACCAUUCAUCUACAACGACCCCACACUGGAGGUCUGCCACCAUGAGUCCAAACAGCGGAACCUGAACUAUUUCUCCAGUGCCUACACUGCAGCAGUCAGUGCUGUGGAUCCAGACGCUGGAAAUGGAGAAUUGUCCAUUAAAGUUCCUUCAGAGCUCUGGAAACAGGGGGACGAAAUGAAAGUGCUGAAGGUGUAUAUUGAGUUUUCACUGGACCAGCCAAAGGGAGGGCUCCAUUUCGUUGUGCCUGAUGUAGAGGGCAGCAUGGCCGAGAGGGGUGCUCACGUCUUCUCCUUUGGUUACCAGAAUUCCACCCGGUUUUGGUUUCCAUGUGUGGACUCGUACUCUGAGCUUUGCACGUGGAAGCUGGAGUUCACUGUGGAUGCCUCCAUGGUGGCCGUGUCCUGUGGAGACUUGGUAGAGACCGUUUACACCCAUGACAUGCGCAAGAAGACCUUCCAUUAUAUGCUUCCUAUUCCCACAGCAGCCCCAAACAUUUCUAUGGCUGUGGGACCCUUCGAGAUCCUUGUGGACCCAUACAUGCAUGAGGUGACACAUUUCUGCCUGCCUCAGCUUCUUCCCCUGCUGAAGCAUUCCAUGUCCUUUCUACAUGAGAUCUUUGAGUUCUAUGAAGAGAUUCUCACAUGCCGCUACCCGUACUCCUGCUUCAAGACCGUCUUCGUUGAUGAGGCCUAUAUGGAGGUGUCCUCCAGUGCAUCCAUGAGUAUCUUCAGUACAAACAUGCUCCACAGUGGCAUGAUCAUAGACCAGACUCCCAUGACGCGGCGCUGCCUUGCGCAGGCUUUGGCUCAGCAGUUUUUCGGCUGCUUCAUCUCGCGGAUGUCUUGGUCUGAUGAAUGGGUCCUAAAGGGGAUAUCAGGCUACAUAUAUGGCCUCUACCUGAAGAAGACUUUUGGUGUCAAUGAGUAUCGCCACUGGAUUAAAGAGGAACUGGACAGAAUAGUGGAUUAUGAGCUGAAGAUGGGUGGUGUCCUGCUGCACCCCACUUUCACAGGAGGAAAAGAAAAAGAGAACCCGACUCCCCACUUGCAUUUCUCCAUCAAACACCCCCACACGCUGUCCUGGGAGUACUACAAAAUGUUCCAGUGCAAGGCCCACCUGGUCAUGAGAUUGAUUGAGAACCGGAUCAGCAUGGAGUUUAUGCUGCAGGUGUUUAAUAAGCUGCUAAGCCUGGCCAACACAGCCUCAUCACAGAAGUACCAGUCGCACAUGUGGAGCCAGAUGCUGUUGUCCACCUCCGGCUUUCUCAAGUCUAUCUCCAAUGUGUCAGGGAAGGACAUUGGUCCUUUGAUCAAGCAGUGGGUAGACCAGAGUGGUGUGGUGAAGUUCUUUGGCAGCUUUGCUUUUAACAGGAAAAGAAACGUGCUGGAGCUGGAGAUCCGCCAGGACUACACCUCCUCUGGCACCCAGAAAUAUGUGGGCCCUAUUAAAGUGACUGUUCAGGAGCUGGAUGGAUCCUUUAACCAUACUCUGCAGAUUGAGGAGAACAGUCUGAAGCAUGAUAUACCCUGCCACUCCAAAAGCAGGAGGAAUAAGAAGAAAAAAAUCCCACUGAUGAAUGGCGAAGAAAUCGACAUGGACCUGUCAGCCAUGGACUCGGACUCUCCUCUGCUCUGGAUUCGGAUCGAUCCAGACAUGGCCAUUCUGCGGAAGGUGGAGUUUGAGCAGGCUGACUUCAUGUGGCAGUACCAGCUGCGCUACGAGCGGGAUGUGGUGGCUCAGGAAGAGGCGAUUUCAGCUCUGGAGAAAUUCCCCACCGCCGCCUCUCGCCUGGCCCUUACCGACAUCCUGGAGCAAGACCAGUGCUUCUACAAAGUGCGCAUGCAGGCCUGCUUCUGCCUGGCCAAGAUUGCCAAUGCCAUGAUGAGCACCUGGACAGGACCCCCUGCAAUGAAGUCGCUCUUCACACGCAUGUUCUGCUGCAAAAGCUGCCCAAACAUUGUCAAGACCAACAACUUCAUGAACUUCCAGAGCUAUUUCCUGCAGAAGACCAUGCCAGUGGCCAUGGCUUUGCUCAGGGAUGUGCACAACCUUUGCCCCAAAGAGGUGCUGAACUUCAUUCUGGACCUGAUCAAGUACAAUGACAACAGGAAAAAUAAGUUUUCAGACAAUUACUAUCGUGCUGAGCUGAUUGAUGCCCUGACCAACUCGCUGACCCCCGCAAUAAGCAUCAACAAUGAGGUUCGCACCAUAGACAGCCUGAACCCCGACGUGCGGCUUAUCCUGGAAGAGAUCACUCGCUUCCUCAACAUGGAGAAGCUGCUGCCCAGCUACAGGAACACCAUCACAGUCAGCUGUCUGAGGGCUAUCCGGAUGCUACAGAGGAACGGCCAUAUUCCCAGUGACCCCAGCCUGUUUAAAUCUUAUGCAGAGUAUGGCCAUUUUGUGGAUGUGAGGGUCGCAGCGCUGGAUGCUGUGGUGGACUAUACACGAGUUGAGAGGAGCGCCGAUGAGUUUCAGUGGCUGCUGGAUAUGGUCCAGAAUGACCCAAUACACUACGUCAGACAUAAAAUUCUUAGUCUGCUGGCCAAGAAUCCACCUUUCACCAGAGCAGCUGAAUCUUCCCUGUGCAAUGAGGCUCUAGUAGACCAAUUGUGGAAGCUGAUGAAUUCAGGUACGUCUCAUGACUGGCGGCUGCGUUGUGGUGCUGUGAACCUGUACCACACUCUGUUUGGGCUCACCAGGCCCUCAUGUCUGCCUCUUCCUGAGCUGGGGUUGGUGCUUAACCUGAAGGAGAAAAAGGCCGUCCUCAAUCCCACCAUCAAAACCGAGCAGGGUCCUGGAGGUCCAGAGCUGGCACCCAACAUAAUGUUCACUACUAAGCAGGAGGAGGACUGUAUUGUCAUGGAACCAUUGAUGGGAGGCAUGGCUUUAGCUCCACAGGGUCUGAAGAGGAAAGCGGAGACUCCUCUGGGUUCACCUCCUGAACCUGGGCAGGUUCUACAGGAGGAGCCUCCUAUGAUUAAGGCAGCUAUCAAGGGCAGGUUUCCAACCCAGGAUGAAGAAGAUAUCGAUAUGGAAACAGUUCAUGACAGUCAGGCCUUUAUCUAUCAUCACCUUAACAUGCUGGACAGGCCUUCCACACCAGGCAAAGAACCUCCCAUCAUGGAACAGGCCUUGAUGUCCAUGCCAGCCACUCCUGUCCCGUUAUUCAGCAAAGAGUCCACUUCAUCCUCCAAGCAUGGUGGAGAGCACCACCACCAUCAUCACCACCACCAUCACCAUGAGCACAAGAAGAAGAAGAAGAAGCACAAGCAUAAACACAAACACAAGCACAAGCAUGACAGCAAAGACAAGGACAAAGACAAAGAGCGCGACUCCCAUGCCUUCAGCAACAGCCCGGCCAGUGGGCGCUCCAUGCGUUCCCCCUCUCUGUCUGACUGAGGGCCAAAGCAAGAUCAUUUAGGGACUUCAUUUUGACAUCAUUCAUUAUAUUUGUAAAAAAGAAUGUUAGCAUAGAACGUAUACAUAUUUUUUUAUGUAAAACCAACGUCAGUUUUCUGCUCUUUAUGACCACCCAGGGUUCAUCAGUGCAUUGCAAUGUCCUCUACCGAGUAAGCUAACAAAAGGCCCAGUUUUUUCAGCCAGUGAUUCCUCCAUGCACAGUCUCCCUCUCACCUUCACUUUCACUAAUGAGAGAAAAACUCACAGUUUCUUCUUCAGUGUCGUCACUGACCACACAGACUCUCCACACUCACGUAACCACACACACUGACAAACACACACAUACACACACCUCUUGCCACAAGGACCACAGAGACCGUCUUCCUCGAUAAAUGACAGCAUUCUGCGGAGUUCUUUACAAGGGAACUUUUCACUCUGCAGACGCUUCAGUCCAGUUCAUUAGCUGCUGGAAAUUGCAGACAGCAGAAAACUGUAAACGUAACUCAGUAAUGAAAAACAUCAUUCAUUUUCUGGUUAAGCCACCCCGACCUUAACCUGAGUUCACACUAGGAACAGUUAAUAUGGGUCUAUAUGAAGUUACAUGUUCAUCAUACUUGACUCUUGUGUUAUAGACUUCACAAGCCAUGUUUUAAAAAUGUUUCUUUAUAAUAACUUCACUGUAGCGAGUUUUUACAUUUUCCUGUUCAAUAGUUAUUUUUGGCAACUUUUUUAUCUACUGUGUUCAGUUCUGGUUAAUAAAAAACAUGUAUUUA